AUGAAAAAAGACCGAAAUGCUAAUGUGAUUAACAUUGAAAAAAUGAGAACGCGACAUGUUAAAGAAAUUCAACAGAUAAGAGUUGAAAUAAACAAACAUUUGGACAUUCUUGAGAGAAAAGUUAUAAAAGAUCUUAAAGAUAAAGAGAGUCAAUGUAAGGAGAGGAUUCAGAAAGUCUUAUCGUCGGUCAAAGAAAAAGAAACCAUGAUAAAUCAAUGUCAGGUUAAUUUCCAAAGCGUCAAACAACAUGCAUCCGAUCUUCAAAUAUUUCUUGGAAUUAAAGACAUUGAGGUGAAAGUUAACGAAAAUGAACGAUAUCUGCAGUCGUUGAUAAAAGCAAAAAGUUUCGAGGACAUUGAACUAGUGUGUAAGGUAGACACAGGUCUGCAUGAUAUUUUGAACAAUUUAAAGAAUUUGGCAACAAUAGAAAUGAAGAGUCGAUCUUCCAAUAUUGAAUUUUGCAGAGCGAAAGAUAUUCAAGCACAGUUACAUGUAGCAACACCAAAAAAGACUGUAAACGAUGUCAAGUUAAUUCUGCAGAAGAAGAUAACAACAGAAGGUGAAGAAGUGAGGGGUUGCUGUAUGUCAGAAGGCAACUUUUUGAUCACGGAUCAUUGUGGAAACGCACAAUUUAAAUUUCUGGCGUCAGAUGGUACCAUAAAAUAUGGCAUGUCACUUGAAAAUUGUAUGGGGUAUGACAUAACACGUGUCGAUGAGAAACAUGUCGCUAUAACAUCCGGGAAUUCCCUGAAUUAUACAACUGGACUUGAAAUUGUAAACAUCGAGAAACGAAGAAAAGUAAAGUUCAUAAAACUUCCUGAUCAUUCAUAUGGAAUUACAUGUAAUCGAGACUCGCUGUUUGUCUGUGUAAGAAGACAUGGUAUAUACAAAGUAAGCACUGCAAAUUAUACUACGUCUCAAGUGAUCAGUUGUAACUUAUCACGAUAUUCCUACGUAUCAACAUUCGCCGACAAGAUAUACUACACUGAAAACAUUAAGGAAGAAGUUGUGUGUUGUUAUCUUAACGGAUCACCCUGUUGGAUUUUUAAAGAUGAUUCAGUUUUGAAAUGGCCGAGAGGAAUAACUGUAGAUACUAAUGGAAACGUGUUUGUUGUUGGACAGGAAUCGUCGAAUGUGGUUCUUAUAUCAAACGAUGGUAAAGACCAAAAGGAAAUUUUGUCUAAAAAAGAUGGUCUCAGGGGCCCGUCUGCUAUUUUCUGUGAUAAGCAGAAAAGGGAACUUCUUGUUGCAAAUUUAAAACAAACAGCUUUUCUCUACAAUAUUACGUAA